GCACCUAGAACAAUAUUCACUCCAUAAAAUGGUGCUUAAUAAAAGUUGAUUUAUUGAUUGAUUGGCCUACUACAUCUUCUUUCUGUUCCAGGGAAACCAGAACAACAUGAUUUGAACAUCUUUUACUUCUUCAGAAGAAUUAAAGAGUGAGGACUGCCAAACUGUAACACUUUCCACAUUGCUGGCUUAUUUUAAAUUGAUACAGAAUUUGUGAUGGCCAUAGAAGUUGUCCUUGAGAUGAUGAGUAUGGUGAUGAAGUAAAAUGUAAGUCAUACAUAUAUUGCUUAAUUCAAAACAUUGAACAGGACUGUUAGAGUUAAUGUAAGCUAGACAUUGUUUUGAGUUCAUGUUUAACUUCUUAAACAGAUUGUCUAGGAAAGCUUCUCUUGAAUAUCAAAGCCUACAGUAGAACUCAUGGUAAAUUUGAAAACACAUUAAGACACUUUUACUGUAACUCCCACGAGCAUCUACGAAUAACUAGAGCAUCAGGAAACAUGUAAAUAUAGGAGAUGAGUUUAGGAGAGGUGAAGAGAGCUCUCUAGAUAUCCUAAGAUCUCAGGGUGGAGGGUAUUGGUUUGUUUUCCAUUCAUCUGCGGUCGCUGAUUAGAUUCAGCACGCUGGCCAGCUCCCCGUCCACCGGAUUUAUUGGCCUAAGUGAAAGGAGCUGGGGGGAGGAGAAAGGCACCAUCUGCCGCUUUGAAUGAAUAGAUAACCAGAAACUGGGAUGAAGACAGUGUGACAGUGCAUUAGAUGUUGAUGCCGCUGAUUUUGAGUGGUGUCCUUCUGAUCUCGGGGUCCCCAUUCCUCCACCCAGGUUUUACAGCAAACCACAAAGGAGAAAGGUCUAAACAACCAGAAACCCUUCUAUUUCUCUGAUAGGCUCACAUCAUCAGAAAGUGUUUCCAGUUCUUGGAAUUAAAGAAUGUUCAUCAUAGCUUUCCCGGGGUAGGCAAGGGCGAGGGUUCGACUUAAAUAGCUGAGCUGCGUAGUCAGGACACCAGUCCGCUCAAAAGGUGAUUUUUAUGUUGAUGAGAGCGGCCUGGAAUCAGAGUUUACACUGGUGGGAAAACACACUGCCCAGCCAGCUACUGUCCCCACGCCCCAGAUGUAAAGAAGCCUGGAGAAAGGAGGUAGAUUCCUCCCUGUAAGGGAUCUCGCAGGCUUCCUCUUAGUGAGACUUCUGGAUUUGGCGUCUCUAAACAGACAGCCCGCUCUUCGCUAAGAAGUCAGCACUGGUUUGCCCAUUUCUUCCUCCCCCAAGAACUUUUUGUCCGCGGGAGGGGGAGACAGGUGGAAGCAAUGAGAGCUGGAUAUCAAGUAGAAAAUUAUCCACAAAGGGGAGGGGGUGAGUAGGGUGCGAAUAAGUUACGGUCAGAACUGAUGCUCAGAGACGUCGGGGGCGCUCCGCGCUCUCCCCACCCUAGUCCUCCGCAGCCACCCUUUACGCAGCGGACACGGGAGAGUUAAGCCAAUAAACACGUAAGCGCCGCUCCCUCCCCAAUCGGCAAGAUGCCUCUUCGGCUCUUGGCUGCAUCCACCGCUUGCAACACUCGGCAUCUUUUCUGGAGGCGCCUUCUUCAGCGGCUGCAGAAGGCAUCCGGCUGCGGGCUCGAGGCUCGCAACUGAUUCUUCCCCUUGCCAACCUCAGGUCCACGGACACUCCUCUCCCUUCCCCUCCUCCCUUCGAGCUCCUGUGUCGGAGCCCAGCUCCAGGUCGCCGGGCGGAGAAAGCAGUCGCGGCGGCCGAGGUUGAGCAGCAGCGCUCCCGCUGCCUAAUUUGGGAAGAAGCGCCCAUCCCGGAGAGCCGACCUCCAGCGCCCCCCAUCUUUUGCACCCCAAGCCCGGUGCUCCAGGGACCCCCCUCCCCAGGCGCCACCAUGCUGGACCCUUCGUCCAGCGAAGAGGAAUCGGAUGAGAUCGUGGAGGAAGAAAGCGGCAAGGAGGUGCUGGGCUCGGCCGCGUCUGGCGCGCGCCUAUCACCCAGCCGCACCAGCGAGGGCUCUAGCGGCGGCGGCGGCGCCGGGCUCGCGGGCAGCGGCGGGGCCGGCGCCGGGGCCGGAGUGGGCGCCGGCGGCGGUGGGGGCAGCGGCGCGAGCGGCAGCGGCGGGGCCGGGGGGCUGCAGCCCAGCAGCCGCGCGGGUGGCGGCCGGCCCUCCAGCCCCAGCCCGUCGGUGGUGAGCGAGAAGGAGAAGGAGGAGCUGGAGCGGCUGCAGAAGGAGGAGGAGGAGAGGAAGAAGAGGCUGCAGCUGUAUGUGUUCGUGAUGCGCUGCAUCGCCUAUCCCUUCAACGCCAAGCAGCCCACCGACAUGGCUCGCCGGCAGCAGAAGAUCAGCAAACAGCAGCUACAGACAGUCAAGGACCGGUUUCAGGCUUUCCUCAAUGGGGAAACCCAGAUCGUGGCUGACGAAGCCUUCAUGAAUGCCGUCCAGAGUUACUAUGAGGUGUUCCUGAAGAGUGACCGUGUGGCUCGCAUGGUACAGAGUGGGGGCUGCUCCGCCAACGACUCCCGGGAGGUCUUCAAGAAGCACAUUGAGAAGAGGGUGCGCAGCCUGCCCGAGAUCGAUGGCCUCAGCAAAGAGACUGUGCUGAGCUCCUGGAUGGCCAAAUUUGAUGCCAUCUAUCGUGGGGAAGAGGACCCCAGGAAGCAGCAGGCCCGGAUGACAGCCAGUGCAGCCUCUGAGCUAAUCCUGAGCAAAGAGCAACUGUACGAGAUGUUCCAGAACAUUCUUGGGAUCAAGAAGUUCGAGCAUCAGCUCCUGUACAAUGCCUGCCAGCUGGACAAUCCAGAUGAGCAAGCAGCCCAGAUCAGACGAGAGCUGGAUGGACGUCUCCAAAUGGCAGACCACAUAGCCAGGGAACGCAAAUUUCCCAAGUUUGUAUCCAAAGAAAUGGAAAACAUGUACAUUGAGGAGCUGAAAUCAUCCGUCAACCUGCUGAUGGCCAAUUUGGAAAGUAUGCCAGUGUCCAAAGGUGGCGAAUUCAAGCUUCAGAAACUCAAACGCAGCCACAAUGCUUCCAUCAUCGACAUGGGCGAGGAGAGUGAGAACCAGCUCUCCAAGUCGGAUGUUGUGCUGUCUUUCUCCUUGGAGGUGGUGAUCAUGGAGGUCCAAGGCCUCAAAUCCUUGGCUCCAAAUCGCAUUGUAUAUUGCACAAUGGAGGUAGAAGGAGGAGAGAAACUACAGACUGACCAGGCUGAGGCUUCUAAACCAACCUGGGGCACCCAGGGUGACUUCUCAACGACCCAUGCACUGCCCGCCGUGAAGGUGAAACUGUUCACAGAGAGCACAGGAGUCCUGGCCUUGGAGGACAAGGAGCUUGGACGUGUUAUUCUCCACCCCACCCCGAACAGCCCCAAACAAUCAGAGUGGCACAAAAUGACAGUCUCCAAAAACUGCCCUGAUCAAGACCUCAAAAUCAAACUUGCUGUCAGAAUGGAUAAGCCGCAAAACAUGAAGCAUUCUGGGUAUUUAUGGGCCAUUGGUAAGAAUGUCUGGAAGAGAUGGAAGAAAAGGUUUUUUGUAUUGGUGCAGGUCAGUCAGUACACAUUUGCCAUGUGCAGUUACCGGGAGAAAAAAGCAGAGCCUCAGGAGCUUCUACAGUUGGAUGGCUACACUGUGGAUUACACUGACCCCCAGCCAGGUUUGGAGGGUGGCCGGGCCUUCUUCAAUGCAGUCAAAGAAGGCGACACCGUGAUAUUUGCAAGUGAUGAUGAACAAGAUCGCAUCCUGUGGGUCCAAGCCAUGUAUCGGGCCACUGGACAGUCACACAAGCCUGUGCCCCCAACCCAAGUUCAGAAACUCAAUGCCAAGGGAGGGAAUGUGCCUCAGCUGGAUGCCCCCAUCUCCCAAUUUUACGCAGAUAGAGCUCAGAAACAUGGCAUGGACGAAUUUAUCUCUUCCAACCCCUGUAACUUUGACCACGCUUCCCUCUUUGAGAUGGUGCAACGCCUUACUUUGGAUCACAGACUUAAUGAUUCCUAUUCUUGCCUGGGCUGGUUCAGUCCUGGCCAGGUGUUUGUCCUAGAUGAGUACUGUGCCCGAAACGGAGUCCGAGGGUGUCACCGACAUCUCUGCUACCUCAGAGACUUGCUUGAACGGGCAGAAAAUGGCGCCAUGAUUGACCCCACCCUCCUUCACUACAGCUUUGCCUUUUGUGCAUCCCAUGUCCACGGGAACAGUCAACAAAUGCAUGUAUAUCUUAGUGGGCUGCUACCAAAUACAGACCCUGAAGGGAGCAAACCUCCCUCCCCAUCUGAACCAGAGGCUAAAAAAGAUACCAAAAAGGAAUCCAAAAAAAGAAAAGAUCCCAAAACCCAGGCAAAUCCAGAGUCCAAAAGGCCCGAUGGAAUUGGAACUGUGACGGUGGAAGAAAAGGAACGUUUUGAAGAAAUCAAAGAGAGACUCCGAGUUCUGUUGGAAAAUCAGAUUACACAUUUUAGGUAUUGCUUUCCAUUUGGUCGACCUGAAGGUGCUUUAAAAGCUACUCUCUCACUCUUGGAAAGGGUUUUGAUGAAAGAUAUCGUUACCCCAGUGCCACAAGAAGAGGUAAAAACAGUCAUUCGUAAAUGUCUAGAGCAGGCUGCUUUAGUCAACUAUUCUCGGCUAUCAGAGUAUGCCAAAAUUGAAGGGAAAAAGAGAGAAAUGUAUGAGCAUCCUGUCUUCUGCUUGGCCUCCCAAGUGAUGGAUUUAACCAUUCAGAAUCAAAAGGAUGCAGAAAAUGUAGGCCGGUUAAUCACUCCUGCCAAAAAGCUCGAAGACACAAUACGUCUUGCCGAAUUAGUGAUUGAAGUUCUUCAACAGAACGAGGAGCACCACGCAGAGCCACAUGUUGAUAAAGGAGAAGCCUUUGCGUGGUGGUCAGACUUGAUGGUGGAGCAUGCCGAGACGUUCCUGUCACUCUUUGCAGUGGACAUGGAUGCCGCGUUAGAAGUACAGCCCCCAGACACAUGGGACAGUUUUCCACUGUUUCAGCUGCUGAAUGAUUUUCUCCGUACCGAUUAUAAUUUGUGCAAUGGAAAAUUUCACAAACACCUGCAAGACCUGUUUGCCCCACUUGUGGUUAGAUAUGUGGAUUUGAUGGAGUCCUCAAUUGCACAAUCCAUUCACAGGGGCUUUGAGCGGGAGUCAUGGGAACCAGUCAAGAGUUUAACCAGUAACCUACCCAAUGUGAACCUACCCAAUGUGAACCUUCCCAAAGUACCAAAUCUACCAGUUAACAUCCCUCUAGGCAUCCCACAAAUGCCUACUUUUUCGGCACCGUCAUGGAUGGCUGCUAUAUAUGAUGCUGAUAAUGGAUCGGGCACUUCAGAAGAUCUGUUCUGGAAACUCGAUGCCCUUCAGACCUUCAUUAGGGACUUGCACUGGCCGGAAGAAGAGUUUGGAAAGCACCUGGAACAACGGCUAAAGUUGAUGGCAAGUGACAUGAUUGAAUCUUGUGUCAAAAGAACCAGGAUUGCAUUUGAAGUUAAGCUGCAAAAAACCAGUCGAUCAACAGAUUUUCGAGUCCCACAGUCAAUAUGCACCAUGUUUAAUGUUAUGGUUGAUGCCAAAGCUCAAUCAACAAAACUUUGCAGCAUGGAAAUGGGCCAAGAGCAUCAAUACCAUUCAAAAAUAGACGAACUAAUUGAAGAAACUGUUAAAGAAAUGAUAACACUCUUGGUUGCAAAGUUUGUUACUAUCUUGGAAGGAGUACUGGCAAAAUUAUCCAGAUACGAUGAAGGGACUUUGUUUUCUUCUUUUUUGUCAUUUACCGUGAAGGCAGCUUCCAAGUACGUGGAUGUACCUAAACCUGGGAUGGACGUGGCCGAUGCCUAUGUGACUUUCGUCCGCCACUCUCAGGAUGUCCUUCGUGAUAAGGUCAAUGAGGAGAUGUAUAUAGAAAGGUUAUUUGAUCAAUGGUACAACAGCUCCAUGAAUGUGAUCUGCACCUGGUUGACUGAUCGGAUGGACUUGCAGCUUCACAUUUAUCAGUUGAAAACACUAAUUAGGAUGGUAAAGAAAACCUAUCGAGAUUUCCGAUUGCAAGGGGUCCUGGACUCCACCUUAAACAGCAAGACCUAUGAAACCAUCCGGAAUCGUCUUACUGUGGAGGAAGCCACAGCGUCAGUGAGCGAGGGUGGGGGCCUGCAGGGAAUCAGCAUGAAGGACAGCGAUGAGGAAGAUGAAGAAGACGAUUAGAAAGCUCGGACCAGGAGUCCUUUAGAACGGAGCCCCGUAAUCAAUGCAUGUCCCUAGUCUGUUAGUUAACCCCAUUAGGGAAUUUUUUGUCCACUACCAUGCCCAUGAGAUGUUUACCAAUGCAACUGCCAUUGUAGCCAUGUGAUACCAAGAUUAGCAAAUGACCUUCGAAUCCACUGAUUUCCUGAUUCCGUGUCUACAUGUUUACAAGCAAUAUGGAGCACCAUUCUUUAAAUACUGCUCAUGGAAAAUACAUAGUCCAACUGCUAAGCGUGUCCUUAUUAUCAACAAAGUUAAACGAUGCUUCAUUAACAUCCCAUGUAUGCAUUGAUGGUGAAUGGAGGUGAGGGCUAGUACACUAAGUACUUUCACUCCUUUGUUUCAUGAACGUGGUUGCCAGUUAUUUAAAUUAGUACAAUAAAUCGAUUAAAUGAAGGCACAUAGCUCUGCUGUGUGUUUUGAAAAAAAAAAAAAAGCAAGGCUCCAACAAUGAACUUUUGGUUCUUUAUGUUUCCCUAAAACUAAAAAAAUGAACCCCUGGCAUCCUCAUUAGCCCACCCUUUCAUUUAUUCAUGUAGUUAGCCAAGAAAAGGGUGGCUACGUACCAAUGGAUUGAUCCUCUCAAUUGCCACGGCAAGGCUGAUCCUAUCAUGACUCAGCAUAAAGCACAGUUCAAGCAACUGUUUUGUCAAAGUUUAUCCUAUUAAAUGUUAGAUUUUGCUUUCAUGUUUCAAUAACUGUGUAUGUAAAAAAAAAAAACCUGAAUAUUAAAAUUACAACCCUAGACUAUAAAUGUGUUUAUAAUGAGAUGUGGAUAUUUCCUUCAGUAGAUUGUAACCAUAACUUAAAUUAUUUUGUUCCACACUGUUUUUUAUAUCUGUCAUGUACAUUGCAUUUUGAUCUGUAACUGCACGACCCUGGGGUCCUCUGCAGAGCCGUUUCUUUCUGUGUAAAGUAGUGGAUCCAUCUUGCUUUUGCCUUAUAUAAAGCCUACAGUUAUGGAAAUGUGGAAAACUGUGGCUUCUCAAUAAAUAACUAUUCCAAUGUCCUAAGAA